AUGCCUCCUACUUCCAUAGUGAGAAGCAGCAAGAAGAAAGGGACAAGUAUAAAUUCCACGGGCAUGGCAGCUCCUAAAACAAGGGUGUCUUCCAAGCAGCAUCGCAUACACUUUUUACACGCUCUAGGAUUCAUCAAAAUCCCUCGUCACUUAUAUGAAGGCGUACGAGUGCUCAUUGUUGCCGCAAGCGGCAAGACUCAAUCCGCACAACUUCGGCUUUCGGCGGAUAAGUUUACUCUAUGGAUCCGAACGACAAAAAAUGCCAAAUCCUACUUUGCCAAAACAGUCACGGAAGACCGGGCAAUCGAUGUUGGUGAAAUUGAUCGAAUUCAACGAGGGCAGUCAACACAACAGUUCGAAAAAGCCAAAAAGAAGCAAAUACACGGUACCCCUACAACUCCCGUUGCGCAACCUAAACUACAUCGCAACAUGAGCUCGGGAUCCAAUAGUGUGACCUCGUCGUCCGCCGGUGGCGCCUCAUAUAGUACUGCGAUGAUUCAACAUUUUGAUCCAGAGCUUUCCUUCAGUAUCGUUUUCCGCGGUGCCCAUACUCUAGAUCUUAUGGCCAUGGAGGUAGACGAAUGCGACGAGCUAACGACGACGCUGGAUCGAAUUUUGGAGGCUUAUCAACGAGCCAAGACUCGUGUCGCUAACGACGUACUCUUGCUACGGUACGUAUGGCUCGACGUAGAUAAGGAUAAGACGGGGUACAUGAAUGUGUCAACGAUUGGCAAAGUGUUUGGACAAAUCAAUUUCGAAAUGAAGACGAAGGAUCUGCACGCGAACUACGAAAAGUUUGGCAAGAUCUUGGGUUUAGAUAGGAGUGGUCGUCGAAGAGGACUGACUUUUGAGCAGUCAGCAGGAUUUUUGCACUAUAUAAGGAGGAACACGUGGAUGGUGAAGCCUGUAAAUGUGAUUUGGAACGAAAUCUUUGGAGAGGUAAUGAAUAACGGCAAGAAGAGGGAGACGGUUUCAGACAAGACAUUUCUCGAGCAUUUCAUGCGUGGGAAGCAAGGACAAAUGAAGACCACAAUUUUAGACGUUCGCAAGCUCUUUCGGAAAAUGCAUGAUAUGGAAAUUUCGCACGACUCGUCUGCGGAAAAGAUGGAUCUGAAUCGAAUCACAAAGGAUCAGUUCGAGGCCUUCCUAUUCGCAAGCGAGAAUGAUGCAUUCGAUCCAGAAAAAGAGGAGUUUGACAUGUCUGAUAUGACUCAGCCACUGUCAGAAUAUUGGAUCAAUAGCAGCCACAAUACAUAUUUGGUCGGGGACCAGUACACAUCACAAUCGAGUGUAGAAAUGUACUCUAAUGCACUGUACCGUGGUUGUCGAUGUCUCGAACUCGACAUUUGGGAUGGGAGCAAGACUUUGAAUGGCACCCCAAUCCCGGUGGUGUGGCACGGUCACACAAUGACAACGAAGAUUCUUUUUGUUGAGAUUAUCAAGACUAUCAAAGUAUUUCUGAAUUUUCAUCCCGACACCUUUCCUCUUAUUCUCUCCUUUGAAAAUCACUGCAGCCUGGCGUACCAAGAAGUAAUGGCGGAGCAAUUAAUCCGAGUUUUGGGUGCAUCACUUUACAUUCCCACCGAGGCGUCUCUUCAUGGCGAGCUUCCUUCGCCCAAACAACUGCGUGGAAUGGUAAUUAUUAAAGGCCGCCGCCCAAACGGUACAGAAGCUGAUGCGUACGACACUGAUGAUGACGCCUCCGUUGAUUAUGGUGCGACUAGUUUGAUCGGUGGGUUAGUCCUGGACGGUCUGGAGGAAAACGCCAAUCUAGAAAAACACGGUGUUUCACCGAAUCUAGCGAGGUUGACACUAUUUCACGGGAACAAGCACAAAACAUGGGAAGAGUCUUUGUGGUCUCCGCGUUAUCACAUGCACUCGUUCAGUGAAAACAAAGUUCGUAGCAAAUGCAGACACAAGGAAGCGCAAACAUGGAUCAUGUACAAUCAGUCGCACAUGAGUCGGACCUAUCCUGCUGGAGCACGUGUAGAUUCUAGCAACUACAACCCGCUCCUUGCAUGGUCGACAGGGUGUCAACUUGUUGCAUUGAAUUUUCAAACUCAAGAUGCCUUUCUGAAACUGAAUGAUGGGAGAUUCCGAGAAAAUGGGAACUGUGGUUACGUGCUUAAACCAUCGUCGCUGAUGGUCAAUGAUGGAUAUUCCCCCAAUCGUGCAGCGGUACGCAUUUCUAUCCGGGUUUUGAGCGGUUCGUGUUUGCCAAAACCGAUAGGACAGCGAAGCGGAGACUGCAUUGAUCCUUACGUCAAGGUUUCGGUAUUCGACAUAAAAAAUGACGAAAAGGAAAGCAUAAUUUCAUAUCCAACGUCCAUUGCACACGCCAACGGUUUCUUUCCAAUUUGGUCUCAGGAAAAGUUUUCCUUUACUAUAGAAAACUGGGCAGUCGCUAUGUUACAACUGACUGUAUACGAUAAGACGAAGGAUGAGUUCAUCGCAAGCUCUUCCAUUCCUGUAUCCUGCCUGCGGCGAGGAAUUCGGAGUGUUAAACUGUAUGAUGCCACGAAUACUCGGAGUGGCGCAUUCGCUUUUGCUUCGCUCUUACUGGAUCUAAAGAUGGGCCAUGUAGUUGCGGAAAUUUAA